AUGUAUAUGCCUACCCCGCCCUCUUCUGGUUCCAUAGUAAGCCUUGCCUGGCAUUUUCUGCUGACAUUUUUCAUUGAAGCUGCCCUAUAUAUUGCAUAUGAAAAUGAGCGCUACUUGUGUGUCGGCAUUGCAGAGGUUAAGACAAAUUCACAUCUCAAUGAUAGUCGUUGGGCUGUGCUGUGGAUGCACGUAUCUGCCUACGUCUCAGCCAAGGGCAACUACCCCACAGCCGAUACAGUUGCAGGUCUCGGGGCACGUUUCGUGAUUCUUUUGGGAAUGGCUCAGCCUCCUACACAGGAGAAACUUACUCGAAUAGCCAUUGUCAGCAGUGAUAAAUGUAAACCGAAGAAAUGCAAGCAGGAAUGUAAGAAGUCCUGCCCAGUCAACAGAAUGGCUAUUACCAUCAUCAAUUUGGCAAGUAACUUAGAGAGCCAAAUAACCCACCGCUUUGGGCCGAAUUCCUUCAAAUUGCACAGGCUUCCUAUGCCGCGGCCUGGUGAAGUUCUUGGUCUUGUCGGCACAAAUGGUAUUGGGAAGUCAACCGCUCUGAAAAUCCUUAACGGGAAAUUAAAACCGAAUCUAGGUCGUCACAAGGAUCCUCCCGACUGGACCGAAAUCUUGACUUAUUUCCGUGGCUCAGAACUUCAGAAUUACUUUACAAAAAUUCUGGAAGACAAUUUGAAGGCUGUUUCUAAGCCUCAAUACGUUGACCAAAUUCCGAAAAUCGUAUCGGGCUACGUAAAAAAUCUUCUCAAUCGCAAGGACGAUCGUGGCAAUCAGGACGAAAUCCUGGAUAUUUUGGACCUGAAAAAUCUGGUGGAUCGUCAGGUCAGCGAGUUGUCGGGUGGUGAACUGCAACGGUUCGCCUGUGCAAUGGUUUGUGUUCAGAAAGCUGACAUUUACAUGUUCGAUGAACCAAGUUCCUAUCUCGAUGUUAAGCAGCGUCUAAAUGCCGCCAUAACUAUUCGUAAUUUGCUUGAUAAAACUAAUUAUGUAGUUGCGGUUGAACACGACCUGUCUGUCCUUGAUUACCUAUCAGACUUCAUAUGUUGCCUCUACGGUGUGCCUGGAGCCUAUGGUGUUGUCACCAUGCCCUUCUCUGUUCGUGAGGGUAUCAAUAUCUUCCUUGAUGGUAUGGUCCCAACUGAAAAUCUGCGGUUCCGCGACACUCCUCUGAUUUUCAAGGUUUCUGAAACCGGAAAUGAGGAGGAGAUUAAGCGUAUGGCUAGAUAUGAGUAUCCAACGAUGACGAAGACCUUAGGUUCUUUCAAACUUGAGAUCCAGUCUGGUACUUUCACGGAUUCCGAGAUCAUCGUGAUGCUGGGUGAAAAUGGUACCGGCAAGACCACUUUUAUCCGAAUGCUCGCUGGCAACCUUAAACCCGAUGAGGGGGUAAAAAUGCCCCCGCUGAACAUUUCCUACAAGCCACAGAAGAUUAGUCCCAAAUCGGAGAAGACUGUGCAAAAUUUGCUCUACGAAAAGAUGCGUGCCGCCUUCACUCACCCGCAGUUUGCCACUGACGUUCUCAAACCUCUGCAAAUGGAACGGUUGUAUGAUCAAGAGGCAAAUGCUUUGUCAUAUGUAAUGAGAACGAUGUACUUUAACGUUGAACAGUGUGAUUCAGUGCUGAAUCUGUCCGGUGGUGAGUUGCAGCGUCUCGCAAUCACGCUGUGCCUGGGCCAGCCGGCCGACGUGUACCUAAUAGACGAACCAUCGGCUUACUUGGAUUCCGAGCAGCGUCUGCACUGCGCAAAGGUCAUAAAACGCUUCGUCAUGCACGCUAAGAAAACAGCAUUUGUCGUGGAGCACGACUUCAUUAUGGCCACCUAUCUGGCUGAUCGUGUUGUUGUAUUUGAGGGCACCCCGGGUGUUCACGCUGUGGCUACUAGUCCACAGAACAUGGUUUCGGGAAUGAACAAGUUUCUGCAAGCCCUAAACAUCACCUUCCGCCGUGAUUCUCGUAACUGCCGUCCGCGCAUUAACAAACUGAAUUCCGUGAAGGAUGUAGAACAGAAGCGGUCUGGCAACUACUUCUUCCAUGAGGAUUAG